CAAACAACAAUCCCUCUGUCAUUGCCCAGCAUUACAUAAACUGUGUCAAGAGUCUUGGCGUAAUACCAAUGAGACUGCGAACAGACCUAGGCACAGAGAACGGGACUAUGGCAGCAGUACAAUGUACCCUCCGGCAUGCGCAUACGGAUUAUUAUGCUGGAUCAUCAAGCCACAGUUACGGAUCAUCCACAGGGAAUCAACGCAUCGAGUCAUGGUGGUCUUCUUUCAGGAGAGGAAGGUCUCAGUUUUGGAUGGACUUGUUCGGAGAUUUAAGAGACUCUGGAAACUUCAACGGAAGCCAUGAGCACCAGUGCUUGCUCAGAUUCUGCUUCACCAGAGUUCUGCAGAAAGACCUGGAUGAAUGCAAAGGUCUCUGGAAUAACCACAGGAUCCGGCCAAGCAGACUUGCAUCAUGUCCUGGGGGGAUUCCUAACGAACUCUAUCUCUUGCCUCACAGAUAUGGAUCAAGAGAUUGUGGAUUUCCUGUUGAGGACAGCGAUCUGGAUGUUUUCCCAGAAGCAAGUCAGGUGACAGAGUUGUGUGGGAUAAAGACAUCGAGGAAUACCUACAGGAAGCCAUGCAACAACAUGGACAACAGCAGUCACAAGACUGGGAGAAAGGGUGAAUCACUCAAAAACUCAAGAUGUGGGGAUGGGAUCAUCCUGCUGGUGGAAUCGUUGUGA